AACGACAAAGACAGAUGGCACGACGAAGCAGCAGAGCCGGCGCCAUUCUGAUCACGUCUCAUGCUGUCUUUAUGUUCCAAGACAUACCGCCGCCUCGGAGCUCCUGAACGAACUCAUCCAUGGGUGGCUCCAUGGAGGACUUGGUGAAGAGGUUCCAUGACCUGGAGGUGAGCCAGGCGAACCUGCGGGAUCAGCUGCAGUGGAUGCUUGGUGAAGGAAGUGAAGGUCAUGGCCAUGGCAUGCGACGAAGGGAAGAUGGCGAUGCCGAUGCCGAUCCGUUUCUUCCUGGCCACUUCUCCCACGGUCCCUACCGCAGCGUCCUCCAACACGUCGGCCACGCCCUGCACAUCUUUCGCCCCCACACUGGCGAAAUCAUCUUCUGGAAUCAAUCAGCGGAAAAUUUAUAUGGAUGGUUGGAGGAUGAAGCCCUCGGCAAAAGGGUCGGAGAUUUGCUGAUGAACGAAGAAAAAAUUCCAUACCUGGGAAAGAUCAUGGACCGACUGCGCCGAGGCCAGUCAUGGUCGGGUCAGCUUGCCUUCGUGAAGAAGUCAGGCGAGAUGUUCAUGGCGAUGGUGACCAAGAGCCCACUGUACGAAGACGACGAUUUCGUCGGCGUAAUCACCGUCUCAAGCGACGCCGCGUUGCUCGACGAUAACUGCUCGGAGAUGCUGCGUGGAAACCAAGAUCAAGCUCAUGGUCCGGCAAGAACGUGCAAGCGAGUCCGGUGGCGGCGGCCGCCUCCCAUCGCGUCGUCCGUCUCCAAUCUGGCCUCGAAGGUCUUCUCGCGGAACCGCGCGUGCGGUGACAAUGAGCUCGACGAGAGUUGCCAAGUUGGCGAUGAGAGCGGAAAGAAGGAAUUGUAAGCACCGGAAAGAGUUCUCAUAAUGCAUGCGCGGAAGAGGGGCAUUGAGGACGACUCCUAAAAGCUUGCAGAGAUGUGAUGCGCUUCACUCGGUGCAGACAAGUAGUAGUUUUGCGUUGUUCCCUGUUAUCAUCGCCUGUAAACAUGAGCGUCGACGUUGUUGUAUCACUAUA